CACGUCGACGGCGACGCAUUUCUUGUAUGUGGUUAGCUCAGAUUUUUCAUUGCCAAAACACAACAAAUUCAUAUUUUGUUUAGCAGAAAUGGUUUUAAUUCUGUAUAAAUCAAUCCUUACAUCAGUAAACUUUUAAAAGACUUGUUAAUACGGUGCCGCCAUGGGUGUUCCAGCAUUUUUCAGGUGGCUGAGUAGGAAAUAUCCAUCAGUAAUCGUCCCUUGUGUUGAGCAAAAGCCAGUUGAUAUUAAUGGGGUCAGAGUACCAGUAAAUUCGGCAGAACCGAACCCCAAUGGGGUCGAAUUUGAUAAUUUAUAUUUGGACAUGAAUGGGAUUAUCCAUCCAUGCACUCACCCUGAAGACAGACCGGCGCCAAGAAACGAGGACGAGAUGAUGAUUGCUAUUUCGAUUGCAUAGACAGGUUGUUCCGCAUAGUGAGACCUAGAAAACUGCUGUACAUGGCUAUAGAUGGUGUUGCUCCUAGGGCAAAAAUGAACCAGCAGCGCUCAAGACGGUUCAGAGCAUCCAAGGAGACACAAGAAAAGAUACAAGAGAUCAAAAGGAUCAGAGCAGAGUUGAUUUUGAAAGGAUGCCAGUUGCCUCCAGAGAAGCCCAAAGAAGAACAUUUUGAUUCAAACUGUAUCACACCUGGUACACCAUUCAUGGCAAGGUUGUCAGAGUGUCUGCACUACUAUGUCCAUGAGAGGCUCAAUAAUGAUCCUGGUUGGAAAGGCAUCAAGGUCAUUCUGUCUGAUGCCAACGUUCCCGGGGAAGGCGAACAUAAAAUAAUGGACUACAUCAGAAGACAGAGAUCUCAGCCUGACCAUGAUCCCAAUACCCAGCACUGCCUAUGUGGUGCUGAUGCUGAUCUCAUCAUGUUGGGACUUGCCACACAUGAACCAAAUUUCACCAUCAUCAGAGAGGAGUUCAAACCUAAUCAGCCAAAACCUUGUGAGAUUUGUGGACAAUUAGGUCAUGAAAUGAAAGACUGCAUUGGCGGCAGCAGGUCAGAACACGAGAAGCCAGCAGACCUUCCCAUAUCAGCGGAGACCGAUUUCAUUUUCGUACGAUUGAACGUCCUGAAAGAAUAUCUUGAAAAAGAACUCUUUAUGCCUAACCUUCCUUUUAAAUAUGAAUUUGAAAGGGCUCUGGACGAUUGGGUGUUCAUGUGUUUCUUCGUGGGAAACGAUUUCUUGCCGCAUUUGCCUAGCCUGGAGAUCAGAGAGGGGGCUAUUGACAGGUUGAUCAGGUUAUAUAAGGACUGCGUCUAUAAAACUGGGGGUUAUCUAACAAAUAGCGGGGAUGUUAAACCUGGAAAGAGUUCAGAUGAUAAUGUUGGAACUAGGCAAAGUAGAAGACGAAAUUUUUAAGAAUAGACAGCAGCGUGAACUUCAGUUCAAAGCGAGAGACAAGGCGAAAAAAAGGAGGGCCGCUUAUAAUGAACACAGGCCGAAUAUGACAUUUUUUAAGGGGAACACAGUUUGAGCCUCAGGUGACUAUUUUUCAUUACUACAACCGAAUUACAAAACAUUGAGACUCUAAACUGAUAUGUCAGAGAUGGUUGCUGAUGUCCACCAAAACCCAUAGGCUAUGCUAUAUAUAUUAUAAAUUCACCAACACAGGGGUAUUUUCUACCUAG